AAUUACAAAAUCAUUUCUAUAUAAAUAACAGCAACUCCAUAUACACUCCUACUUUAUAUCCACUCCCCCAAAUCAAAUUUGAAAUUUUCCGAGAUGGAGAAACCACAAAUUAUUGACAACAAAAGGAUCUUGCCUAGCAACGAUGCCGACAUCGAAUUAGGGCAAAACGAAGAAGCUGUAGAUGUAGAAGUAGAAGCAGUCCACGAUUACUCAAAGAGAGCACAAUGGCUGAGGGCCGCGGUUUUGGGCGCAAACGACGGCCUCCUAUCCACGGCGUCGCUGAUGAUGGGAAUCGGCGCUGUCCGGCACGACGCCAAGACGAUGAUCCUCACCGGAAUCGCCGGCUUGGUGGCGGGGGCUUGCAGCAUGGCCAUCGGAGAAUUCGUCUCCGUCUACUCGCAGUUUGACAUAGAAGUGGCUCAGAUCAAGAGAGAGCAAAAGGCUCGUGCAUCCAUCAAGAGGAACCUGCCCAGCCCCCUGCAGGCGGCCGCCGCCUCCGCCGCUGCUUUCGCGGUCGGGGCGGCGGUGCCUCUGCUGGCCGCCGCAUUUGUGGGGAACUACAACGUGAGGCUGGGGGCGGUGGUGGCCGCCGUGAGCGUGGCGCUUCUAGGGUUUGGUUGGGCGGGGGCGGCCCUCGGAAGGGCGCCGCCGGUGAGGUCGUCGCUGAGGGUGCUGCUUGGAGGCUGGCUGGCGAUGGGGAUCACUUUUGGUUUUACCAAGUUAAUUGGUUAGACUCACAUCUAAUGAGGAUCGAUAAUAAUUAAUGAUUCGAACAAGUCUUACCAAUUGAACUGUAUUUCGUUGUCACCAUACAAAUUAUUAGUUAUGUUUGCAAGUUUAGAUCUUAAAUGGAUGAAAAGGAUUUUGGGAUUUAAAUAAGGAAAUAGAAUUUGGCCGCGGGUGAGAUAAAUUGCAUGCAUAGUAAUCAGGUCACGUAUUAAAUCACUUGUUCACAUUAUUGGCAUGUUAAUAAGAUUUUACUUUCUAAAACAAGGCCCAUGCUACUUUGUAAGCUGGUUACUCUUUAUUUGUUGAAGAGUGAAGGAUUCAAUAUUUA